AUGAAACAGAACAUCAAGCCCAAAGUCGAAUGUUCCUUCCCGAAGGGCUCUCAGCCAGAUGAUUCGUUAUCACGUCGAACCAGCACGCCUCCAGAUCCAAUAAUCAAACCAACAAUCGACCAAUUAAAUAUUAUUGACUCCAAACCGCAUUUACAAGAAGCUGAUGAAAGUAAAAUUGGAAUAAAGCCGACACCGCUUACAGUCCUAAAUUCUAAUGGACAAUCAACAACUAAUUAUACAUUAGCGACAAACAAUCGUUUAAGUUUAUUGAGUACACCUAUAAAAUCUUUGGAUUUUCCGGAAUACGCUUUACUUUCUCGGCAGCCAGACGAGUUCAUAGAAGAAACAUACCGUUUGGUUAACCUAAAUACUCGUGCUGAAGCUGAGAGAUUAAGAACCGAUCAGUCAAAGCGAAAUAAUAAUUAUAACAGUUCUGCAGGAUUGCUCGCAAGGAAAAAGGAAAUAUCAACCAGAAAUGUGAAAUCUUCAUUGAAUGAAAAUGGAUUGAGCACGAGAACUUCUAGCAAAUCUCUUCAAGGGCAUCAAAUAAUUACUAAUAUUGAAAGGAGGAGCAAAACUCGUCAACCAUCUUCAACCCGAGUUUUAAAAACUGUUGCCCCUUCAAUGCAAAAUAAUAAAACUCCUAUAGACUCAAGUGGAUAUACAAAAAGUCAUCGUAAAAAUAGUCGGGUUCCUAGCGAAAAAAGAAAGUUGUCUCGGAAUAAGGGAAAGAGGAGGAAUAAAACUAUUCAAGUAUCAGGCUCGCAAAUAGCACCGUCGUUAACGGACACAAGUGCUCGUCGCUCGUAUAGAACAAAAUCUAACCUUGCGUCGGACGAAAAUAUUACAGUGUUAAGUCAAAACACUUUAAUGCUAAAUAGGCGCCCUGGUCGUUGGCAAUAUAAAUCAUCACCAAAACCAAAAGUUAAUAUAAGAAAAACUUCCACAAAUAAUGCGAAAUAUGAAAUACAAAUGGAUACACUCAAAGUUAAUAAUACUAUUUUAGAAACAAACGAAGACAAUCAAAAAAUACCUAAGGCUUUUACCCUAGCCAAGGACCUAGAUGCUGUUGGUUCACAAAACACCAUUGUUUCAGACAAUGAUAUAAUAAAGCCUAGCAACUUUGUUGAAACUUUAAAUGUGGAAAUAUCAACCCCAAGUAACUUUGAUGAUACUUCCUAUGAAAUUGCAACAAUAAAAAGCCCAUAUAUUUUUCAGGCGGGACUUGUAAAAAAAACGCGUUUUUUAACAGUUACUUCAACUGUGGAAAAAUCAAUUAAAAAUGAUAGAAUUGAUGAAUAUUCGGAAAAUGAUGGACCUUUAACUGAAAACAUUUUGGAAUCUACUACGCAGAUGAUUAAGCCAUCGUUCAAUGGAAUUUUAACUACUUUGAAACCCAUUCAUUACACAGAUAGCGUUGAGACUCCAGAACUUGAAAUAAUUACGGAAUCAUUUUCAUUUACGCAAACCAAACUUAAAACAGAGAUCUUACCAAUAGUUUUUGAUAAACAAAAUGAAACUACACAAAUAACUUUAAUACAAACAUAUGAUUAUACAAGCUUUGUAACUGUUACUCAGACAGUCUCGCCUUUUAGAGACAAUUUUAUACCAUCUAAAAAUUUUAAGGAUUUUGAAGGCAUUUUGGAUGAGGCUGGUUCUGAAAUAAACCUGGAUCUUGAAUUUGGCGAUGAAAGCAAUUCUGGACAAUUUGAAGUUAAAUCGAAUUCUAAUAAAAUGAUCGAACUAAAAGGCAUAAAUUCUACAAGCCCAAUAAGCCCUUUUCAGUUAAAGGACUCAGAACAUUUUAUCAAAUCCGAAAUACCUGCAAUAGCAAGUCCAUUUAACAGCAUAAUAACUACCACACGUCCGAUAAUUAAGGUUGAUACGGUUUGGGAAUCAUACGUGGUACCUCUUAUUAGGGGGACCGAAAGCAUUUUGAGAACUUUAUCGAAGUCAGUUGGUGUAGUUGAAAAAACUGAAUAUGUUACUGAUGUUUCUACAAUUUUAUUACCAAUGUCACAAUAUCCAUAUUCAAUUAAUCCAUUUUAUAAUCCCUUGUUAGCCAUACCCCAGCAGCAUUUAAUUACAUCUACUUCAAUUUAUGAAACAUUGAUUACAGCAACAAGUAGUAAAGUCCUAAAGUUAACAUUCGGUGCAAGGACGGCCUAUACAACAUUGUUUUCAACUUCAAUUGUUCCAACUGCAGUCUCGAAAUUAGUAACAGCUACUCUCCCAAAUCAAAACUCAGGAUCAUUUCAAAAUUAUUAUUCACCUCCAUUUCCCCCAUUCGCGUACGUUGGUUAAUGUAUAGAUAUAUUCCUUUCCAAUUAAUCACAAUCACUUACCUAUUAUAAAUAAACCGAAAUUAUGACGAGUCCUUGCA